AUGUUUGAAUCAGGUGGUUUCCAUUUACGAAAAUGGGCGUCCAACUGUACAGCGGCUUUAGCUGGCGUACCCAUAUUAGACAUCGAAGUGAACACAGCGAUCGAUCUUGACGACUCCACUACAAUCAAAGCCCUCGGAAUGCACUGGCAGCCGUGCAGCGAUGAGUUCAAGUUCGUGUUUCAUCAACCCGAGAUCUCUCAGCACACAAAACGUAUCAUAUUGUCUCAAAUUGCCAGCCUGUUUGACCCACUAGGAUUACUGGCCCCCGUCAUUGUGAAGGCGAAGUUAGUGAUGCAAAAAUUGUGGGAGCUGAGGGUGGACUGGGAUGCGAAUCCCCCGGGUGAGUUGACAACUUAUUGGCAUUCUUUUGUGCAACAUCUGUCGGUUCUCAAUAAUUUUCAGGUUCCCCGGAGAGUAAUUGGCGGAUGCAAGCCACACCGAAUCUACCUGCACGGCUACAGUGAUGCUUCCGAGAGGGCAAUAGGCGCCUGCGUUUACAUCCGGACCAUUGAUGAAGCCGGCAAUUUAUCUUCACACUUACUUUGUUCGAAGUCCAAACUUGCGCCUAUCGGAAACCAUCGAACAACACUCCCACGUUUGGAGCUUUGCGCGUCAGUGUUACUCGCUCGGCUUAUUGCAAAUGUUCAAAGUAUCAUCAAUGUAACUAUAUUCGAAAUACACGCCUGGACCGACUCACAAGUCGUUCUGGCGUGGCUGAAGGGUGGCGCCUCUAAGUGGAAAACCUUUGUUGCCAAUCGGGUGGCGGAAAUUACAACACAUCUUCCAGCCAUUAAUUGGGAUCACAUCAACACUCAGCAGAAUCCUGCUGAUUUAAUAUCACGUGGAGCUAUACCAGAGCAGCUUAGGGACAACUCACUCUGGUGGAAUGGACCUGUCUGGAGUCCAAAAUCGGGCCAUUCUCAAUCAACCGACUCCUAUGUUUCAUCUGUUACGCUUCAAGAAGCACAGCAAAUCGGUCGAGAACAAAAAACAAUGUCCGUUUCUCUUAUCGCCGCGUAUCAGAACUCUUUCCUCGACAACAUGAUGACCAGAUUUUAUCCAGACCUGCUAAUGUUGUUGCGAGUUACUGCUCGUCUCCUCCGUUUCCGUUAUUACAACUCCAGAGAAAAUUCACGCUUGUUGCCCUAUGAAAUUGAACGCGCCUUGAGAAUAUACGUGAAGCAUAUUCAGCAACUACAUUUUGGAAGCGAAUUACUGCGUCUGCAACAGAAACGGGAAGUUUCUCGUCAUAGCUCCCUAAAUCAGCUCAAACCAAUGCUGGAUGAAUGCGGUUUAAUCAGGGUGGGCGGAAGGCUUCAGCAUUCGGGUCUCAGUUAUGACGUUAUACACCCGAUUUUGUUACCGCGACAAUCAAUUUUGACUUUCCUAAUACUACAGUAUGAUCACGCUACACACCACCACUGCGGACCACAAACAUUAUUGGCGGUGUCAAGGAGACGAUUUUGGAUUAUUCGCGGUGCCAGUACCACUAGAAAGGUAUACCGUCAGUGCAUCAUUUGUGCUAAAGCCAAACCAGCUCCAGUGUUCCAGCAGAUGGGUCAACUACCUUCUGAUCGUGUUCAACCUCAUCCACCUUUCUCAAUUACCGGUGUCGAUUACGCUGGUCCUCUCGACACCGUCGGGCGCCGAGCGCGUGGGGCGAUUCUCAACAACUUCGCAGCAUCUACAAGUUAA